UGUAGUUAAAGAAGAACAUCGGCUGUCAUGGCGGGCUUGCUGAAGAAGACCACUGGCCUGGUGGGAUUGGCUGUUUGUGAAACUCCACAUGAGAGGCUAAAAAUAUUGUAUACAAAAAUUCUUGAUGUUCUUGGACACAUCCCUAAAAAUGCAGCGUAUAGAAAGUAUACAGAACAGAUUACAAACAAGAAGCUGAGUAUGGUUAAAGCGGAACCAGAUGUUAAAAAACUAGAAGAGCGACUGCAGGGUGGCCAAAUAGAAGAGGUGAUUCUUCAGGCUGAAAAUGAACUUAGUCUGGCAAGAAAAAUGAUCCAGUGGAAACCAUGGGAGCCUUUAGUGGAAGAGCCUCCAGCCAGCCAAUGGAAAUGGCCAAUAUAAACAGCAUUAACUAACUUAUCUGUUGAUAGGAGACUGAUGUAAUUAAAUAUUGUUAUAUGUUAAAAAA